GUUUUGAUCUUAAUUACAAAUUGUUUAUAUUUUCUAAGAUUCCAAUAUGACUUCACAAGGAAGGAGCGAUUUCACAAGCUUACAUAUCAUAUUUAUAAUAAGCGGUGGUGUGCUGACAGUUAUCAUUUUGUUUAUUUUCGCAAAACGACAAAUUACAAGGUUUGCGCUGAGGUCUCGGAGAGGACCUCACGUUCCCAUUGGUGCUGAUGCUAAAAAGUGUUUAAAGAAAGAGAUAGAGCGGCGCAUAGAAGCAGUCCCGAGAAUCAUGCAUGAGCCCCGGCUGAUCAGUUCGGAGCCGUCACACUAUAUCCUGGAGCCCCAACAGCCAUACCACUACCGGUUUAAGGCUGUAGAUGAUGUCAAGACAUUAGAGGAGGAAAUAGCCCGCCAAGACCCGUGCCUCCGCCGGCACCCCCGCGAGUCCCUCCGCGGGUUCCUCCUCUCCUCGCUAGCGGCCCCUCUGGACGGCCGCGGACAGAAGUUGGUACACCAGUUCUGCGACACAUACGAAUUCGCACGGCAUCACCCCGGGGAGUUUGGGGACGAUGAGUACAGGGCGUAUUCGAGAUUGCUGCUCAAAUUGCUGGAUGCUGCUCGCCUCCUAAAGAGCGUAGGCGGUGGUGCUUGCCGGUCGUCGCCGCGCUGCAGCCCGGUGCGGCGCGCGCGCCUGCUCGAGCCGCGCCGCGGCGGCGCGCCCAGACAACUCAACAACCAGUACACAGCCCUAGAGAACCUACCAGCGGAUACAAAGAUAGAGGAAGACCUGAUCCGAGUCCCCGUAACUCGCCUCGCCCCCGCCCCCGCCCCCGCCCCCGCCGACGAGACGGCCGUGUGA